AUGCUGAACAGACCCCUUGCACGUCCCGCCCGGCGAUUCACCGCGCGUGCUUUCGCGACGACAUCUACUCGCUUGUCAAAGGGCACCCCGCCAUCUCCACUUCCAGGAGUUGCGACAGCACUAGCUUACGCCUCGCGCGCGCACGCAAAGUCCGCGCCGCCCCAUGGCGUCUCAUCUCCGCCUCGUCCGACGCUCGCCGAGAGUUUCAGCCUCCAAGGCCGCGUCGCGCUUGUCUCUGGCGCGAAUCGCGGAUUAGGACUCGAGAUGGGCUUAGCACUCGCUGAAGCGGGCGCGAAAGUGUACUGUGUCGACCUGGCACCAUCGCCCGGUGCGGAGUUCAAGGCGGUCGAGUCGUACUUGGACUCCAUCCGCGAGAGUAAAGAUGCCGAUGCGGAAGCUCUUGGUGGCGGGCCUGUUGGGAGCGUGGUGUAUAGGAAGGCGAACGUCGUUGACCAGCAGGAGAUGUGGAAGUUGGGCGAAGCGAUUGGGAACGAGGAGGGCAGGAUGGACGUUUGUGUUGCUGCGGCUGGGAUCUUGAGGCCUGAGAAGGACGUUCUUGGGUAUGAUACUGAGGAGAUGCACGAGGUUUUUGAUGUGAACGUACAUGGUGUAUUGCAUACUGCACAAGCGGCAGGAAGGCAGAUGGCGCGCUUCGGGAAUGGCGGUAGCAUCAUCCUCAUCGCAAGCAUGAGCGGCUCACUGACCAACCGCGACAUGAACUGGGUCUCGUACAACUCAAGUAAAUCCGCAGUGCUGCAGAUGGGCCGAAGCAUGGCAUGCGAACUCGGGCCGCGGAGGAUCCGCGUCAACACGCUCAGCCCGGGACACAUCUACACCUCGAUGACGGCUGCAUUCCUUGACAAGCAGCCCGCACUACAGGGAAGGUGGGAAAGCGCGAACCCGCUCGGAAGACUCGGCCGUCCGGACGAACUGCGCGGUGUCACAGCGUGGCUCGCGAGUGAUGCAAGCACUUUCUGUACUGGCAGCGACAUCCUCGUCAGUGGCGGCCAUCAUGCAUGGUAG